CCACACCACUCCAUAGCCCGCUCCCUCUCCCAGUCUCACUCCACCACAUACGCUGAUGCACCUGCGCUGCACUUGUCUCUGCGAGCAAGUACUGACUGCCCCCCAGUUCCUGGCUCUGCCGCUCUGGCCGGCCGGCUGCCUGUGGCCGGCCGCCUCGUCCUCGGCGGCGGUGACGCUCUGCUGUGGCGCUGCCGCCGCUGCGCGGAGCGGCGUGGUGGUCUGUGCUCGAGCUUGUUCUCCUCCCCUUCCUCCCUAUAGCUAGCUAGCGGCACCGUCCAUUUCGCCCGCUCCUUCGUCUCUCUCUCUCUCUCUCCUCCCUAUCAGUAUCAGGAUAAGCUCCCUGUGCUGCGCCUGCGCUAGCUCCCUGCCCGAUCUGCGGCGUUUGCCCUGUUCCCGUGCUUGAUUUGUUCGCUUCUGGGCGCGGUGGUGCCCCCCCGGGGCAAUAACUCCCCCUCGGUGGCUGCCACCCUCCCCGCGGCAGACCGGCCUAUAGGAUGAGAGGGACGGGGGAACACAACAAACCGGCCGCGCCAGUGACCUGGCCGUGAACAGAGAGCUCCAGCUCGGGCACGGGCACGGGCACGGGCGGGCGGUGGCUAUCUCUGCAGUGGCCCGGGAGGAGACGGUGGAGCUUGCUUGGCCCCCGCUGCUCGGCGUUUCGUUCAUGGAUUGGGAUCUCAAGAUGCCGGUGUCCUGGGACCUGGCCGACCUGGAGCACGACGCCGUGCCGGCCAUUGCCGCCGCAACGGCAGCGCCUCCCGCCGCGGCGUCGUCGGGCAUUGCCGCCGCCGCCGCGGCUGCGGCCGCGGCGGCGUCGGCCCGCGGGGCGCCGAGCCGGGCGGAGUGCUCCGUCGACCUCAAGCUCGGCGGGCUGGGCGAGUUCGGCGCCGCGGACCGGAUGAAGGAGCCGGCGGCGCCGGUGCCGGCUGGGGCGGCUACAGCGCCGGCGGUGGUUCCGUCCGCGAGCCCGAUGAAGCGCCCGCGCUCGGGUGCCAGCGGCGCCGGCGGGGCGCAGUGCCCGUCGUGCGCGGUGGACGGCUGCAAGGCCGACCUCAGCAAGUGCCGCGACUACCACCGCCGCCACAAGGUCUGCGAGGCGCACUCCAAGACGCCCGUCGUCGUCGUCGCCGGCCGCGAGAUGCGCUUCUGCCAACAGUGCAGCAGGUUUCACUUACUUGCGGAGUUUGAUGACGCUAAACGUAGCUGUAGAAAGAGGCUUGAUGGGCACAACCGGCGUCGCAGGAAGCCACAGCCAGAUACCAUGAACUCUGGGAGCUUUAUGACAAGUCAGCAAGGCUUGUUUUCGAGUGCAGGGACAAGGUUCUCGUCGUUCCCGGCUCCAAGGCCGGAACCAAGCUGGUCAGGGGUCAUCAAAUCCGAGGACAGUUCAUACUACACGCACCACCAGGUCCUCAGCACGAGGCCGCACUUCGCCGGCUCGACGUCGUCCUACUCCAAGGAGGGGCGGCGCUUCCCGUUCCUCCAGGACGGCGACCAGGUCAGCUUCAGCGCGGGCGCGGCGGCGCUGGAGGUCUCCACGGUGUGCCAGCCCCUCCUCAAGACGGUGGCCCCGCCGCCCGAGAGCAGCAGCAGCAACAAGAUCUUCUCCGACGGGCUGACCCCCGUGCUCGACUCGGAUUGUGCUCUCUCUCUUCUGUCAUCCCCCGCCAACUCCUCCAGCGUCGACGUCAGCCGCAUGGUCCAGCCGACGGAGCACAUCCCCAUGGCGCAGCCCCUCGUCCCCAGCCUACACCCGCAGCAGCAGCAGCAGCAGCAGCACCAUCAGUUCGGCGGCUCCCCCGGCUGGUUCGCCUGCUCGCAGGCCGGCUCCAGCGGCGUCGCCUCCGCCGCCGGCGCCGGCGGGUUCGCCUGCCCGCCCAGCGUGGAGAGCGAGCAGCUGAACACCGUCCUGGUGGUCCCCAGCUCCGACGGCCACGAGAUGAACUACCACGGCAUCUUCCACGUCGGCGGCGAGGGCUCCUCCGACGGGACGUCCCCGUCGCUCCCGUUCUCGUGGCAGUAGUAGUGUCCUCUCGUCGCGACCAGUAGUGACCUCGAGUUCUUUGCGUUGUGUUGCCCGUAGCUCCUCAGCUGUAGUGAUCACCAGUUCCCUGUUCUUUCUGUCCGUUUUCGCUCCAGUCAUUUGUUCGUUUUGCCUUCCCGAUUCAUGGGCCUGGAAAGAACUCGCAUAAAGUUCGUGCUAAAUCCACUGAAAUCGUUUCGAUAUCUUGCUGAUUCAGGAUUGCCGUAAGGUUCACCAA